AUGGAUUACACGGAAAGAUGCGUUCCGUGUCAAGAUUCUGGCUUACUGAGGAACAGUAGGUCUUACGCAAUUAGCGUUAUAAAAUCCGAAAAAGAUGCUGAAAAAUACGAAGAAGACAAAGAAGCAGAAGAAAAUGAGGAAGGCGAAGAAUGCAGCUCUGAUUCCGAAAUUGAAAUUCUCAUUCACAAUGUUGAAAAUUUUAUUCGUGAGGGAAACGCGAGCUUAAAAUUUCUGAUAAAGCACGACGGUAAACUCUUGGGAGAAAGUAAAGUGAUAAAGUUUGAAUCCACUCUCGGAGACCCGUGCAAAAAGCACACCAUCGAUUUUUCGGCCGGACUGUGCUACAACGCGUUGUGCGAGAAAAGUGUCGCCUCGAUCGUGUCGAGUCCGGUCUUGAUAGAAGUUUUGGAGUACGUCCAAGUGCCCAGGCCCGUGCAAACACCAAACAAGAAGAAUAAAAAAGGUCCCGCGAGAUCGUCGAUCAGCAUCAAGAGCGUCGAACAAAUCGUCACUCUAGGCAUCUGCAAUAUCGAUCUCUUGCCCGUUGUAUUGGGCGAGGAAACGCUUAGCAAGAAAAAAUUGAUUCUCGACACGCCAGUCUAUUCUUGGGACGAAAGUGCUGUACCAUGGCAAUGUUUACCGAGGAUCGCGGUUUCGGUGAUCAUCCCCGAUAAUCCCUCCAUUCUUCAGGAUAUCUCGUACAACGUUUUAAAUAUCACGAUAGAAAGUUUGUUCAAUUUACCAUCUUACUUCGCCAGAUAUAUGAGAUACAAAUGCGAGACUACCAUUCAGACGUGCGAAAAUGUAAGUGACGCGCGGAUUACAUUUGAAACGGGUAAGUGGGUCGAUUAUCCAGACGUCGAAGGGACGAAAAAAUGGAAAAGGCUGCAGAACAUCGAUGGGCGUGGCUCAUUUUCCAAAUACAAAAUCGAUUUCAAUUACGGAAGGAUAAAGAAUGAUUUUAAAGAUCAAUUUUGCAUGAAAGAAGCUACGAAGAAAAACGUACCGAGAAUUCAAUGGAAUACUAUGCACAGAUUGCUGAUGAAUGAAAAUGACUCUCAAAGCCUCAAAUGGCACAUCAAUAAGUAUCGAAAGUGGAACUUGAAAAUUCUGGUCGACGAAUCGGAGGAGGGUCAGGAAAAUUCCGAACAAGAAUGCGUCACGGUUUACCAAUGCGAAGUCGAUAUCAGUCAGCUUCUCUUUCCUGGAAAUAAAACAACUCGAGUUCUAGCUCAGUUAUAUCAACUAAUAGAUGAGCCCGAAUCCGAGGAAGCCUUGAGGCACGUCGGUUCUUUUUGUAGAGAAUCGAAAAUUUCAGCCAACAGCAACGAGGCUGGAGAUUAUACCGAGGAAGGCUACCAGACGCGAAAGGAUCCAUUAUUUACGGAAAGCGGCAAGCCGGUAUUGAUCCUCGUCGAAUUUGAGGUGUUCAAGCCGCUCAUUAUCCCGCGAGAUUUGGAAGAGUUCACGGAUGCGUUCGAAAAAUUGAAGGACAAAAAAGUUAAUAGGGAUCUUGUAAAGCUUCCGUAUACGACGCAAUUGGUCGAAGAGAAUUACGAUGAUUGCGUGAAAUAUUUGUUUGAUUUCAUCAAUGAAAAUUAUAAGGACUUUAAGGAAUCAAUGAAAAAAGAAGACUCGAAAAAUGGAUCAGAAAUGUCGGAAUCUUGCGAGUCGUCCGCAAGGAAAUUUUCUAGCCCAGACGAAUUGAGUCGCUUUCAGAAACAUCUUCACGACUCGGGUAAAUACUGCACUAUGCGUAAUAUUCUCAAAAAGAGAAUCGCUAAUUUAGUUGAGAUGAAAUUUCCUGAUCGUUACAAUAUCGACUCAAAAAGGCGUCAGGAAAUGGCGACAGCCUGUUACACGUAUCUCAUCGAGAAAAUGCACGCGGCAAUAAAUACGAAAAUCAACGUUUGCGCCGACGAGAUGCAAAAGCACGCGGAAACUCCGAAAGUAUUAUGGUUCAGGGCCGAGGAAGCUUACGAAGCAGGAGAUCAGAAAAAAGCCGACAAAUUAUACGCAAAGAUCGUCGUUGAAGCUACUAAUGAUCCUGACUCGUGGAUUAUGUACGCCACCAACUUCGUCAGGAGCGGCAAACUCGACGAAGCCAUCGAGUGUUGUCGAGAGUCGAUUAGAUUGAGCGAUCGUCAUAAAAUUGCACUCACGUUUUACGGAAUUCUUUUGAUGAUGAAAAAUAAAUAUGACGAGGCUGAAAUUUUUUUAAAAGCUGCAACACACUUUUAUCCACGAUUCGUAGAAGGAUGGGCUCUUUUGCAUUUAUUCUACAUUCAAAUUCAUUAUAAUCCCGGAAUCGAUAUAACACUACAGCUCGCCGAGGAUUCCUUGCGAGAUCGAAAAAAAGAGAUCGAACCGAUGUUCAUUUUUAAAGAAGAACCCAUGAUUUGGUGCGCCGAGAUCUGUCACGACGACAGGGUGUUUCUUCUGACAGCCAAUUUCUUGCUCAGACUCAAUCUCUAUGACAUUGCAGGAUUAGCUUUGGCUCAAGAUAUAUGUCACACGAAAAAAUCCAUCGCCUUUCUUUACUUUUCGAGCGUUGUGCAUUACCUUCAGCGCGACUAUACCAGUUCUCUCAAGUCCCUCCAAGAGACGGAACUAUUAAUAGGACCGGAGUACUGCGUCGCCGCCCUCAAAGGUCAUUGCGAUUAUCAACUCGGUAAUUUUGAAAAAUCUUUGGAACAGUACGAGAUAGCGGACAUGUUACACAAGAGACCGGACGACAUUCAUCUGGUCCAUUUGAGAAUGGGAUCUCAACUGAUCGACAAUGGAGAUUACAAGCACGCCUUGGAUGUAUUUUUACGAGCUUGUAAAUCCAGGCCUACUUGCAAGACUUGGCUUGGGGUUGGGAUAUCUUGUUACAACCUAAAAGAAUAUGACAAGAGUGAAUUAGCCCUGAUGGAAGCGAAUAGCUUAGACCCCGAGGACGCAGAAGUGUGGGGGUACUUGUGCUUGCUAAAUAUAGCUUUGAAUCGUCCGGACGAAUUUGACCAGUGUUACACGCAAACCAUAAAGCUCAAACUUGAGAAUAGACAGUUGAUGAAUGUUAUUAAAGACAAAAUGAUGCAGUCAGGAUUCGCAAUUCCGAUAAUAGAAUGUUGA